UUUACCCCUGACGACGCCACUACUACUACAGGGACGAGAGAGACUGCCUUCAUCUACGCCAUCACCAGCGCGGCAGUCGUGCACGCCAUCACUCAGUCCUGCUCCGCCGGGAACCUCACGGAUUGCUCCUGCGGACGCGUUACGGGCGAUUCCGACACCUUACCCCCCAGGGGCAGCGACCUGGAGGGGUGGAAGUGGGGAGGGUGCUCGGACGACAUCGUCUUCGGGAUGGAGUUUAGCAAAAAGUUUGUGGACGCGGCAGAUUCCCGGGGGAGGAAAAAGAGAAGUCGGAACAUUCGGAGCAUGAUGAACUUGCACAACAACGAAGUGGGGAGAAAGGCCAUACAGCAGCAGAUGUCAGUCAAGUGCAGGUGUCAUGGCGUGUCCGGAUCAUGCGCAGUCAAGACCUGCUGGAAAACGUUGCCCAGCUUCAAACGGGUCGGGGAUUUCUUGAAAAAGAAGUACAUGACGUCAGUCCCCAUCCUGCGGAAGACGAGACGGAGGCUUCGGCGGAAACAGAAACUGAGCCGGAAGGUUCCUAUCGGUGACGAUGAGCUGGUUUAUCUUGAGAAAUCUCCAAACUUCUGCAAGUCGGACAAGAAACGUGGGAUCUUCGGCACCAGGGGUAGAGAGUGCAACAGGACGUCCACGGGUCCGGACAGCUGCAACCUGCUGUGCUGUGGGCGGGGCUACAACACGCAGGUGGUGCGGUUCGUGGAGAGGUGCGGCUGUAAGUUCGUCUGGUGCUGUUACGUCAAGUGUAACACCUGCGAGACCAUCAUAGACAAACACACCUGUAAAUAAAAACACCUGCAACAACACUCCUGUACAUUCUACCGUGCCUGGCGGGAAAGAAAAGCCUGCCUAUAUCCACCCCUUCCAGAAAGAAAUAACAUAAGACUUCGUAAGUCAGAAUUAUAGUCAUUAAGAAAGAAUUCACUGUCUUAAAGAAUUAUGUCCAUUGGAUCUGAUCUUCCAAGUGUUCUACAUGUACUUGGCUUUCAAUCCGCCAGUUUCCUCGGACAGAAAGAAACCAACUGGCGUGCCAUGUUGUGUAAGAGAAAUGGCCAUCUUCAGUGGGAAGGAAUGACAUGGUCAUGAUGGUGUCCUCUCAGCAACAUUUCAACGCCACCUAGCGGGACAUUGUAUUAUUGCAGCAAUUGAGAUUGAACCCCGCCAUCAGUCAUUAUACAACAGACGUGUAUGUAUGGAAGGACAUUUCCACUGAUAACUCGCGACCAAGCGAUGGGCCCACAAGACAUCAUCAGAUUUUCUGUACAUUCUAUCGGCUGAUAACAGUCUAGCCUAUACCAG